GUGAACACGUCAUCGUAAACGAUCAAAACAACACUAUCGAAUUGCGCUUCUGGGACGGAUCACACACUGUAGAGCUUGUGAAUUGUCAACGGGAAGAAGAGGCUGGGCCACUCAGGUGUCCGAUUGUCGGGAGUCGAGAAUGACAUAGCCUAGGCCGUAGGCCUACCUAGUCUUUAGGAUGGUGAACACAAUCAUGGCGAAGAAGAGACUCCACAGGACAACAAUAUUGUUAUUUGUUUGUAUUAUAUCAAGCUUGUUGUUCAGCCUAUCCGUGUGCACAGAUCACGCGCGACACAAGCCAACCGAAGCAAACAGUCACGCCAGCGGUGGCCAAACACAGGAAAGUCAAGCUAAAGAAAAUAUUCUACCAACAAUACAUGCAACUUCAAAUGGUGCUAAGACAGUUGAACAUGAUGAAGACGAGAAAGAUGAAGAUGAAUUAGUGCCCAACCCUGUCAUCUUUGAAUCAUUUUUACCAUCACAAGAAAAAUUCGACACCACCCAUGAAGCUAACAACAUUGAUUCUAUAUCAAAACAAGCUAUAAAUAGCACUCAAGAUAUUAAGGAGGAUUUUGAAAGGGUACAACCAGGAAGUGUUGAAAAAGGAAUUAGCCACACUGAAGAGGGAGUGGAUAAUGCUGCAGAACAGGAAGUACCUAGUAAACCUCUAGAUGAAAUAGCACUGCCAAUAAUUACUCAAAUUCCUGACAACUUAGAGGUUGAAGAAGAGGAACAUAAAAGUGAAGAACAUCAAAAAGAGAAGGAAAAUAUAGAAGACUUUAUUGAUGAUUCUACUGCUCAAACUGAGAAAAACCUUGAGGAGUUUCUUGGGCUGGAUUUUGAAAAAGAGAUGAAAAAAGAGGGGAUUGGGAAAGAUAAGGAAGAAAGAGAGGGAGGAGAGGGAGUAAUCGAAGGAAGGAUUUCAAAAGAGUAUAAACCAAGUGCUUCCAAGGGUGAACAUGGGGAAAAUGUGCAAUAUGAUAAGGAUGAAACAAACUCAAAUAAAAAGGACAAAAACAUUGAUAUUCAAAACAUAGAUGAAACUAAAAUCACAGUACAUGGAAAACAUGUAGAGCAGGGUGAUAAACCAGAAGAUAAAAAGGAUGAAGUCGAUGUGGAGAGAGUGACAGUCGAUGUGGAGAAAGUGGCAAAUGAUGAGGAGAUCGCAGAGGGUACAAAUGGUACUGCAGUUGAGAAGCAUCAAAAGGAAGACACGACGGAGAAGAAGGAAGAAGAGGAAGUUGAUAAAAAGGAAGUUGAUGACCCAAUGCUAUCAUUUAAUGAGUGGAAGCAGCAGAUGCUUGAAUUAAAUGAACAAGAAAAAAUGCAAGCUAACUACGAAGGUCAACCUGUUCCUGUACCACGACAUAGCACAAAGCUGUCAAAUAAAAACUAUGCAUCUGCUGACUGCGGAGCCAAAAUCAUAGAUUCUAACAAGGAGAGUCAAAGAACAGCAUCAGCUAUCCUGUCCAACAAUAAAGAUGAGUACAUGUUGAACCCAUGCACAGCUAAAAUAUGGUUCAUGGUUGAAAUGUGUGAACCUAUUCAGGUAAAGAAAGUUGAGAUUGCCAAUUUGGAACUGUUUUCAUCAACACCUGAGAGCUUCAGGGUCUUUACCAGCGAUAGGCAUCCAACGGCAUAUUGGCGGGACAUAGGCCUCUUCCACGCACGAGAUGAACGAUCUACACAAACCUUUCCGAUCCAUGAUGAGACGCUGUUUACAAAAUUCAUAAAAGUGGAGUUCUUGACAUUUUUUGGAAAGGAGCACUACUGUCCAAUAUCAUUGCUAAGAGUGUUUGGCACCAGCAUGGAGGAAGAAAUUGACAGUGAAAGUGAUCACCAGAUUGAUGCAAGCCCACCUGAAGUGCUUCCAGUACAUCCAACUGUCACACCAGAGGACACCAGUGCUGAUGGAAUCUUUGACAGUGUGAUCAAGAUAGUGGAGAAGGCAGCAAAAGCAUUCCGUGGUGAGAGCAAAGACCCAGGUGUUGGCAAUGCGUUCAAUGAAGCAUGCUUUGGUGAAGCAAGAAUUCCUAAUGAGCCAGAAAGUGUUCAAGAGGAUGAGCUUAUUGCCUGUUUUCCACAUUCCAACAGUGUUCUAGGAAGCCAUAUUAAUGCUCUGAGAAAUAAACAUCAAAUGAUGCAGAAAAAGCUGAUGAAAAGUACUGAAGAGAAAAUAAAAACUAUCAAGACAUCAACAGAUAAAAAUCCUCCACAAAAAGAAUCUGCUGCUAAUAAAACAAACCAAGACUCUAUAACCACCCCAACUCAUUCCAUACCUGUAUGGAGUAUUGUGUGCAAGUCAUGCCAGUAUAGCUUCAGACCUCAUUAUGCAGAUAUCUUCCAUGAGUGCCAUCUGGUUGCACUAUCAAUAUUUGAAUUUGGGAUUUACUUCUGCUGCCACGAUGCUUCAAUCAGAACUCGGACUUACGAUGGAACCAUCACUCUUAGGGCACCUAACAUAAGCAAGUGCAAUAGUAGCAGUACAACAAGGAAAGCUUCUGCCAACAUCAGUAAAGUCAUUGAAGCAAGUGCUGCCAGUAUGUCAACUACAGUGAAAUCAGUUAAUGUCCAAUCAAUUAAUGUUCCAUCAGAAGAAAGUGUUGAUAUCCAUCUAGAGAGCACUCCUUCAGUUAGUGUGCCAUCAGGUACUGAUGCCACAAAAGAGACUCCUCCUUUGCCUGACAUUGAAAAUAUUCCUUUCAGUGGAGAUUCUUCUGACAAAAUGGAGAGUGACACCCAAAAAAAUAACAUCCCUUUGGUAGAAGAAACUGAUAAAGAAAAGCCUAGUAACAUUAUUCAAAAUGUUGAGGACAAAUUGCUAAGCAAAGAUGUGAGCUCACAAACCAAACCAAAUGAUGUGAUUCAAGAGGAAUCCUUCAGUAAAAAGGAAGAUCCAGUAAACACUGAGACAUCUUCAAGUGGCAUCCAAGAUUCUGUGAUAGACACCAAUAAAAAAGUAGCCGACAGUGAGUCAGACAUGCAUGUGAAUUCACUGACUGUAGAUAAGAAAGAUGAUCAGAUAAAAACAGAGACACAACAAAUUAAAUUAGACCCAGUCAAAGAGCCUGCUUCAGAACCAUCCAGAAAUGACAACAUUUCAAAACCAUCAGACACAGCUGCAUCAGAUAUCAAAGAGCAUUUAUUGCCUGAUAGCACUGAUUCUGUUCCAAUCAAGUCUUCUGAGCCAGCUCCUGGCAGCUCCACAAAGCCUAAUGAUGGUAAUGGACAAGAAAAUGGUACAAACGGAAAAUCAAAAACAAUUCCUGGUGAUGGAUUCUCUAAUCAGUUUGGACUUGGGAUCCAAAAGGAAUCUGUGCUUAUGAGACUGAACAAUCGAAUCAAAUCUUUAGAAGUCAACUUAUCUCUAAGUACUCUUUAUUUGCAGGAACUCAGUCAACGUUAUAAGAAGCAGAUGGAUGACAUGCGAAGAAGCUAUGAUACUAAAGUGGCCAAGCUCUAUGAGAACGCAAUGAUGGCUGAGGAGAAGGAACAAAUACAAACAGAACAAGUAAAGAUCCUUGAGGAUGAAAUAAAGCAACUAAAGGCUUCACUUCAUAAUAUCAAUAUGACACUUGAAAAUGCAUACAAAGAGGUUUUUGAAGGUCACUAUAUCUUGAUGCUUGUGGAAGUAGUUAUCGUUGGCUUUCUUCUGAUAUGCACUCGUACACGUCAGCAAGUAAUCCAAGAGGUACCUACAGGGCUACAGGGAACAUCAUUUAUAGGUCAGAGCAAGGGUCAUAGCAGACGUAACUCUUAUAGCGGAAGGAUUGAUCACGAAGGUGUAGUUAAAUCACAAAUGGGUGCAAAAUUAGAAG